AUGCGGGAGGCCUACCACCACCAACACCAAAUCAUGAGCCCGGGACUGAUGGCAUGCAAGACGGAUGACUUGGAAAUCUAUGUGAUCGACGCCUCGUCCCGUCUGCGGCGGGCCAUCCACGCCAACGACGCCCUCCUCGUCAAGCGAAUCCUGCACUCGCACCCGAAGCUCCUCCACAACCCAGACACGUCCCAGGGCGGCCUGUCCAACUCGAACCUGCACCUCGCCGCCUCGCUGGGCCACCUUCCCAUCGUCAAGCUGCUCCUCUCGCUCGGCUGCGAGGCCGACUGCCCCUCCCUCAACGACGACUACCAGACCGCCCUGAUGCUGGCCGCCGGGGCCGGCCACACCGAGAUCGUCCACUUCCUCAGCGAGCGGGACCCGCCAAUCAUCCUGCGCCGCGAUAUCCGGGGCCGCGACGCCAUCAUGGAGGCUGCCCGCGGCGGGCACGACACCGUCCUGCAGAUCCUGCUGACCUACGUGCCGUGCGGGCCCGAGCAGGCUGUCCGCAACGCCGACGCAGAAGGCAACACCGCCCUGCACUUUGCGAGCAGCAACGGCCACAUGCUCGUGCUGAGGACGCUGCUGGCGGCAGGUGCCGACGCCGAGCGGAAGAACAUAUGGUCGUGGACUGCUAUUGCCUACAGCGCCACAGUCGAGGCCGAGGUCUACCUUAAGAAGCUGAUCGUCGAAACUGAAGCUAAGAGGAAGUUUACCAGACAGGCUGACGAGUCAAGGAGGGGCACGGGCUUGAAGGGUGGGCUGCGGAUGGUCGGGGAUGUCGAGGACUGA